AUGGUACUACAAUUAUUCGAAGAGGCCCCAAAUGCUCGUGGUACACAUCUUUUCGUGAUACUACUCACACCACAACUGUUCGUGGCACGGCAUUUACUCAUGGUGCCAGAAUUAUCCGCGGAGCCACAACAACUCGUGGUGUUACAACUAUCUGCAGUACCACAAUUACUUGUGACGCCACCACAACUCGCGGCAGUAUUGCCAUUCCUGGUACCACAGCUAUCCGUGUUAUUAGAACUAUUCGUGGCACCACGAUUAUUCAUGAUAUUGCAGCUGUUCAUGGCAUAUCGUCGUGUGAGUGCUGCGUGCGCGCUUGCUUGUGUUUGUGUGUGUUUGCUUGUAUGUUGGUGUGUGCGAAACCUUUGUCUGAAUUUUUUGAUUUGA